AGCUUAAAAAUUAAUUAAUCGUAAUUAAUCGCAAUUAAUCGCAAUUCAAACCAUCUAUAAAAUAUGCCAUAUUUUUCUGUAAAUUAUAUAUAUAUAUUCUGUAAAAUAAAUUGUUGGAAUGGAAAGAUAAGACACAAGAUGGAUAUAUACAUUCAACAUACGGUACAUAAGGACUGUAGUGGGCAUUUCACUCUACUGUCAUUUAAAUCUGUCUAUGCUGUUCUCACUCCGAAGCGUCUACUUUUUCCAAAGCUAGAAAGCUAGUAAACGACGCCUUAAUAAUCAGACUUCUUCCUUUUUCAUCUGAUUUAUUAAUAAAAUAGCCUCAAACCAUUGUCCUCUUUAGACCGUCUUAAAACUACAAAAAAAAAGUACACAAGCAUUGCAUUAGCAACAACGUUAGUUUAGCACGGUUAGCACAGGUUCACUAAACAUAAACAGAAAGCGUCUCAUACAAAAAAUAUAACAUUUCGCUUACUAACAUAAUAUGUACAUUCUUUACAACAACCAUACUUACGGACAAAUCUUGUCCAAGGAUCAUAUAAGCACAACAUUACAACGUAGGCGUCUGCCCGAGACGUCGUGCAGCCAUAUUGAACUGGCAAGAAAACAAUAAACUAUGUCGCAAAGUGACCACAAGAGUUCGCUGUUAGACAGCACAAAAAGCCUUGCUGUAAAAUUUACCAAAAGGCAGAAUACUGUCUGAGCGGGACAUGUGCGUUAAUUGCGUCAAAUAUUUUAACGUGAUUAAUUUUUUAAAAAUUAAUUACCGCGCGUUAACGCGAUAAUUUUGACAGCCCUAGCACAAACACAACGAAAUAGGAUUAAACAUUUUAAACAUAGGUUGAAUCUUUCUGUGGACACAACAAAAUAUUAAAAUAACUAUUGUAAUAUUAUUUAAUUAUUAUUUUAAAAGAAUUCAGAGACUUAUUGUACUUUCAAAGUGUUGAAAUUACAUAAAAUGCACAUAUUACUAGUAUUUUUAGUUUUAAACAUAUUGUAUGGCUCUCACAGAAUUACUUUUAAAAAUAUGUGGUGUUGAUGGCUCUCUCGGCCAAAAAGGUUCCCGACCCCUGAUUUAGCCUAUCAAUUAAUUAGGUUCAUAUUUGUGAGAAUUGUAGCCCUGACCCCUGUUCACCCAAUCUGUUUGGUUUCAUUAAUGUCCCGUUCCUACCAAUGUUGUGACAAAACCUACGCCCUUGGUGAUUAGUGGCCUCUGUUGGUGGUCUAAGCAUGUAGGGAUGCUGCCCAGCGACAAGUUGACGAGUAUAAAUAAACAUAGAUGCAUCAUACCGUGUGACACGCAACUUGUUUACUCACUUUUUUUUUUUUUUUUUUUUCCUGUGAGUAAGACGUCAGUGAAGUGUAACUUCUGCCAUAUGACACACACACACUGACCCCGCCCCAGCCUUGCAAAGGCUCUUCAAAAAGCUGGAGCGCGCACUUUGACACAAAGACUUCCAAGAACCUUGGCUCGGGAGAGAACAGCUAGUUGCGUGGGAAAUUAUCGUACGGGCGUGACACGUCUACACACACCACUGGAUAUUUACCGAUUGAACCAUGAAGUCCCCCAAAUUAGCGCGCAAAGCCAAACUGGUGUUGGACGUGGACGACUUGGACGACGUGCUGUGCGAGUUCGACGCCGUGAUCGAGGAUUUCACGUCCCCGCUGGAGAAGCGUCAUUUUCGCUACGACGAGCACCUGCGCAUUGCCAAGAGACGGAGCAGCGCCAGCGUCAGCGACAGCGGCAUCAGCGACACUGAGAGCGCAGACUCGCUCAACAGAAACAGCUUCAGCCUGAGCGACGAGAGGCUCCACUCGCCCGGUGCGAUGUCCUCUGCCGGUGCCGCCUCCCCGUCGCCGAUGUCACCUAAACCCAAAAUGGGCGACACAAAAGAACUGGAGGACUUCAUUGCAGACCUGGACAAGACAUUAGAAAGCAUGUGAUGCGGCUGGCCGGCAGUCAUCUUGGAUCAUAGCCAUGAAAGAGAGACUAUGACGCAGCCACAACCAAUCCACACCUGCCCCUUGACUGAAGCGUGGAACCUUCCAUAAGGAUACAGUUGCUGGAUGGCUCCAGCUCGUCUUGCGCAACGCCAGGCCGGCGACGCCAAACGGACUCGUCUGAAUUAGCAUUGCUGUUGGAACACUUGCCGGUCAUGUGAUUACGACCUUUUAGUCGUGGAGGGGGAAACUGGACAUUUUAUCCACACUGGAAUAGUACUAUUUUUAUAGCUAUCGUUCUUAGGGAUGGUCCGAUCGCGUCAUUUUCAUAGGAUCGGGUUUUUUAAAUCUAUUUAUUUAUUUUAAAGUAUUAAAUGCCAUUGACGGCAUAGACAUUCAAUCUUUUGGCUUAGGGGUGUGACAAUAUAUUGAAAAGGUGAUACUUUGUAGCCCUUAAGGUUAUUGAUUUGCUCCCUCUAAGAAUCGAUAUAUUGUUUUAAAACUGGAAGUCCCGGGGUUUUUUGACUAUAAAGAAAUACCAGAAAGGCGUCAAAUGACCCUAAUACUAAACGGACUACUGGGCUUUGUCAAACAAUAGACCACUCAAGCAAGGAAUCAAGCAGGCCACCCUCCUACACACUCCUGUGGAGUCGCUGCCUAGGUGUGAAGGGGGGGGGUUCACUCUGGAUAGCUGCAAUUAGCAUCUUGGAUAUAAGAGAGGGUCUUGCAAAGGAAUUGGCUCGCUCUAAUGUGGGCGCAAAGAAGGCGCAAAAGGAAAAAUUGCUUCGGCAACAACCUUCAACACCUAGCGAAGUGUCAUAUGUCACCACAUAAAAAAUGGUUUGUUUUUUAUUACACCGUCCCUUGUUCUGUAGCCAAACUGCAGCUUUUGGAAUAUGUAAAAAGGUUGUCCACCCGAUUGCCUGCCUAAGCGGUCCAUUGUCCAACAAAGCCAAGGCAACCCUGGCCUGCAAACAACUGGAGCUAAUUGGAGCAAUCCAGCCCUGUAGUUUUGCGAGAGUGUAUGGGAAUGACUAAUGAGGACCAUAGUGCUCAAAAAAGAUAUGCUGAUUAGGGUCAGAUGAUCCUUCUCUGGUAACAAAAGUGAUUUGUAUCAACUUGAUCCACCCUUGGUAGUUCUAGUGUUAAAAAGGUGUCACUGUUUUUAAAAAAAAUCUUCCAUUAAAAUAUUGUCUACGUUAGCUCACUAGCUGCCAUUGACUGCAAUAGACAUCCAAUGCUUUUGGACAUUUACCACCAUCAGUGGCACUGAAAUCAGAGCAUCUUUGCUAUACGAGUUAGCCAACAAUUGACUGACUUGCAUAUCAAAAGUCCACUAGCUUAAAUGUAUAUAAUGCUAAUAUUUACAAUAGGGUGACCAUAUUUUGAUUUCCAAAAAAUAGGACAAUCGUCUCGGCCUCAAGAUACUUAAAUUUUACUCGAAGUUCCCUCAAAGAUGCCUUAUCACUUUAAUAUUUUUAAAAGUGUGCCUCCUCCGUCUGAAUAGGAAAAUUCAGUUUUAUUUUAGCAUUCAAACACUUUUUUUUUUUUUUUUUUUGAUUGAAAUUAUUUUUUGAUUGAAUAAUAAGACACAAAUCUACCUCCAUAUAACCACAGUCAGCAACGUCAUCAUUAAUUAAGUCAUCAUGUCACAGAAGUUUGUCAAAAACUAAUCGCUAAAUAUUUCAUGAUAAAUUACAAUCACACGGAACGGUAUUUUACAGAUCACACCAGUACAAAGCUCCAACAGAAGUGAACAUUUGCCGAAAGGUACAAACCGAUAGCCCAUUAUCUCCUAGCGUGAUGAAGGUUUAUUUGGGAAUGAUGCCAUGAUAAAGCCAGUCUGUGACUAAUUACUCUUUUGGGUACAUGAGCAUUUGAUCAUUUACGUGUUGAUUACAAUAAAAGUCUUAAGGCAGGCUCUUUGGGAACACGUCACAGGCAGCACAGCACCGUAGCAUUCUGUGCAAAGUGUCAGUCAAUUUCAACACACGCUAAUUGGUCCCGUGAAAAAAAAAAAAAAGAAAACUGGACAUUUUAAAUUUAUAAAACCCCACCGUAUGCCCCGGGCAGUAUGUAAAUAGUGGACAUGUCCGGGCAAAAGAGGACGUUUGGUCACCCUAGUUUAAAACAACAUAGCAAACGUCCUCUAGCUUAAAUGCUAUAUAAUGCUAAUGUUUACCAGAUAGUUUCUGGUGCGCACCAGAUUGCCUAAAUUUAUUUUAUUUCUGUUGAUGUCCCUUUAGGGGCUCUGUAGAAACCAACUUUGCAGAACAAAGAAAAAAUGUCCAGCGACAGCAAAAAAAAAAAAAAAGUCACAAUCAAUGAAUUCAUCACAUUGGAUAAGUUAUGUCAAACUAAAUAUUUUCACGUUUGUUACCAACCUUAGUUUGUGCUUCACAACUGAUUUGAACAACAACAACAACAAAGGAAUUGUGACUCGUUUUUUUCGCUUUGUUGGCAUCACUGCUGUACUAACAACCCUUUUAUACGACUAUAAUAUUGGGAUAGCUUUGUUAUGAAUUCAGGAUUUUUUUCCCCUUACCUGUCCUGUUCAGCUGCUUAGACACGGAGAAUAGAAAUGCGAGUGUCCUUAUGUUCUGAACAAUUUUAAUGUAUCACAUGGGAGUUUGAUUUACAGUCCUUCCGUUGUGGUUGUUCAUUAUGUUUUAAUUUAUUAGAAGAAAGCAGCUAAGUGUAACUAAGAGUCAUGGAGAGACAGAAAGUAGGAAGCAGACAGAGAAGAGGAACAAACAACAAUGAGAAAUGCAUUAUUACACAUCUAAAAAAAGACUUUUGGAUGUGCAAUAUUUUUUCCUGCUUAAUUUUUUAGACUCACAUGCAAAAAUAUGUACUCGGGGCAUCCCUAAUCGUUAUUACUGUUGUCAUAUUUCAGAUUACUCCCUCAUGGAAAACUACAAGAAACCAAGUUUUCCUUUUUUUGUGUGAUGGCAAGUCUUUUUUUUUUUUUUUUUGCAAAAGGAAUAUAUUUGUAAUUUUAAAGAGCUUCAUUUUGUAAAGUAAUUGCUCAUUUUUGUGAAAUAUAUUUUUGUACCACAUGUAAAUAAUUAAUAUUACAGUCUAAUUCAGUUGGUGAUGAGAAAGUUGAAGACAAACUAAGAGGAAAAUGAUGUAUUUAAUACAGCUAAUAUCUGCCAGAGAUUAAAAGUAUAAUUCUUUAAAAAACAGGCCGUUGUUGUUUUUGCUGGAGUAUUCUACCUACUUUUGACUUUGCAGGUGGACCAAAUGAACUUAACUUGCGGAAUGCGGUUUCCUGUUUUGUCACGUCUCGCAUUCUCCCAGACAAGACUUACAUCACUUUGGUGUAACACAACGCAACACCAAAGUGGGACACUUAACCCCUAUGCAUACGUACACAAAUAGACAUACAGACACUUAUGUAAUUAGGGGUGGCAACAGGGGUCUAUUUGUGGAUGCGGGGGGCAUUAUGGCAGACGUAAAGACACCCCUCCUACACACACACACACCCACACCUACAGGGGUAUGAAAAAGUAUCUGAAGCUUUUGGAAUUUCUAACAUUUCUGUAUAAAAUCACCAUCAAAUGUGAUCUGAUCUUUGUUAAAAUCACACAGAUGAAAAAAGUGUCUGCUUUAACUAAACCCACCAAAACAUUUAUAGGUUUUCAUAUUUUAAUGAGGAUAGUAUGCAAACAAUGACAGAAGGGGGAACAAUAAGUAAGUGAACAUUUAAUAUACAUUUACACAUUUAAUAUAGUGUGUUGCCCCCCUUUGGCAGCAAUAACUUCAACCAGACACACAGCAGGACUAAUCUUGGCCCAUUCUUCUCUACAAAAGUGCUGUAGUUCAGUCAGAUUCCUGGGAUGGCUGGCAUGAAUCACUGUCUUUAGGUCAUGACACAACGGGGUUCAAGUCUGGGAUUUGACUUGGCUGCUCCAGAACGUGUAUUUUGUUCUUCUGAAACAUUUCUGAAACUGAUUUACUUCUGUGCGUUGGAUCAUUGUCUU